UCUCCGUCCGACCGAGUAACGUUGACGUGCAGCGAAACGUGUCCAGGUGUCAAAGCGAAGUGCUUUUGUCCGAUAUGUCAAGACGUGAUCAGCUGGAAUCUGACACCGAUAGCCACAACAACGUCCUCGGCGGUGGCUAGCUAGAUAAGCUAGUUAGACGUGCUAAGAUAAGUUUGGUAGAGCGCCAUGUACCUUCUCGUCAGUGCUUUUACAGAUUGUGUUCACACUCGGGCUGUCGUGUGUUUCCCCCCACACACCCCCCACAAGAGUUGUCUCUCUUGUUUCGAUAUAGUAGCGCUGCUUGUUUCGCUAAAUACGUGGCACGCGACGUUAGCCAGUCACAACGGUUGUUUACAACAUGGAGCUAACGCUCGCUAGCUUGACGUGUGCUCGCUUUGCGCGUUAGCAUGUUUCGCUUAGUUUGACGCGCGUGCAGACGCCGUGCAGUCGGUACACGCCGGGGACGCGUGUGACAGCCCCGCGGCUCGAGCCAUUAUCGAUUAUGCAGAGAGGUUUGUGAAUGUAGGCGAGCGGGCUGCUAGCUUCGGCGGGUUGCGGUUAGCUCAUUAGCCGGCUUUAUCUGUCGCUGUGUGCCGCAGAGGGGGGGGGGACGCGGCGCUGCGGUCACCGGCGUGUCUCGGAUGGUAAUGGUGACAACAUGUCAACGUCGUGGCUGUUUCAUGACGGCACUGUCGAGUGGAAUGGUUUGCUUCACGCUAGCUCUCCAGUUACGGUGGUGUUGCUCUAACUAGCUGCAUCACUAAUCCUGCGGGCUGCGGACCGACACACGCCUUCACGGCAGCAGUAGUCUUGAAGCGCUCUACAGCCGGGACGAUUUGUAUCGCGACACUGCAGAUAUGUGAAGAGUGCUAAAGUUAGUUUUAAUCUAGCAGAAUGGAGAGACAAAACGCCCUCUGCUCCAGUUGGGCAAAUGGAUGAAAUGGUUCCGCAGACACCGUAGAGGAAUUUGAAGACAGUAUAAUGCAAAAGAAGAUGAAAAUUCCCAAGAUGUCCAUCAAGAAUUCAGGAAACUCUAUCGAAAACAAUUUUGGAGAGGAGAGAAUGCCACUCAGGCAUAAAAAGGCCCUGUCUCAGGACCAUGGACGCCCCCUUUCCAACUCCUCCAAGAGCCUGGCAGCAGUAGUGGCUCGCCUGGAGAGAAAUGCAGCCAGCUCCUGUGUGGAGGGCGAAGAGGACCUGGACGAGGACCGGCUGGCUGAGGAGGGAGAAGAUGCAGACGACGAAGAUGAAGAUAUGGAGGCAGAGCAUCAGCAUCAUCAUCACCAGCAGCAACAACAACAGCAUUUGGAGGUGGACACGGAUUGUGUGUCCGGGGUAGUUACGGCCGUGGUUCCCAGAGUCCUGUAUGAGGAGCUGGUUCAUAGCUACAGGCAACAGGAGGAGGAGAUGAGGAGGCUGCAGCAGGAGCUGGAGAGAACCCGCAGGCAGCUGGUGCAGCAGGCCAAGAAGCUGAAGGAAUAUGGCAGCUUGCUGACAGAAGUCAAAGAACUGAGGGACUUCAACAGGAGGCUGCAAGACGUACUUCUCAUGAGACUGGGCAGCGAGCCUAUGCAUGACAAUGGCACUCAGACAAUCAAGUCGGAAGUGGUUGAACCCAUUGUUGAGGCCCAGGAGACGUGCAGAGAAGAAGCCAACACCAGUUCCAGCUACUCCCCCUCCCCCAGAACAGUAUACACCUGCAACGAUGGGAAGGUGCACCUCGGUGGAGGGAUCUGGGUGGAGGAGGAGAAGUGGCACCAGCUGCAGCGGACCCAGGGAGACUCCAAGUUCACAAAGAACCUGGCUGUAAUGAUCUGGGGCACAGAAACUUUAAAGAACCGUAGUGUCACUGGAGUAGCCACCAAAAAGAAGAAAGAUGCGCUGCCCAAACCUCCGCUGUCGCCCAGCAAACUGAAAAUUGUUAGAGAGUGUCUCUACGACAGAGUGUCUCAAGAGACAGCCGACAGUGCAGAGAUUACGCAGAGAUUGUCCAAAGUGAACAAAUACAUUUGUGAAAAGAUAAUGGACAUCAACAAGUCCAUCAAGAACGAGGAGCGGCGGGAAUCCAAGCUGCUCAUCAGACAGACAGUGAAGAUGGAGAACUUCACCUACGAUGGCAUGUAGUGAUCAACUGUUGUCACGCCGGCGCCUUCUGCCCCCCCACCUCCACAUGGUCGGCAGGAUAUUGAGGGGACUAGAUAUGGGCGGUUGGGGGAUGUUUGUCACAGUUUAAAGAGCAGGUUUUCUUUGACACAUUGGAUUGGUUAUGAUGUGAAACGUCUAAUCAAAUACACCCCUUCCCAGCUCCCCGCAGAGCAACCGUCACCUUCCUCAGUGCCCAGUGUUCUCAUUGGCUGACAGACAGCUUUACCCACCAGUGAGAAAUUGAACGUGUGUGAUCUAGUUUGAUAGGAGCUGGAAUGAGUGUUUUUUUAUAAGCUUUACAGUGGGACUGGUACGGAGACAUGGUUUACUGACGUGUGUGCAUUUGUGUCAAAGAAAGGAUAUGAUGCGAUUGUUCAAAUUGAUUUAUUGUUCUGUGUCAGAACAUAGUUUUGAGUCCUUAAACUUUUAAAAAGUAAGAGGUAAUUUCCCUAGACAAAGUCUUCUGAUAGAGAUAAUGAUGCUAGCUUACGUUAGAUCUUAGACGUGUGAACGGUCGUAUGUUUUGGUGACUACUUAACAGCAGCUGGGAGUGUUAGCUCCGGUACUUACUGCAUGAGAUGAGACACCAAGGUCUCAAAUGCACAAGUCUCCAUUGGUCAUAGCCAUAUUGCGUUUUUGCAGCAGAGAUUCUGUUGCUUCAAGAGAUUAAUUCGAAGUGUGUGCGCCCCCCUAACUUAAGGUCAAUCACAACACAUUGUUCUGUUGAAAAGACCAAGGCCAAUAGAGGUCAAAUGGGAAGUAUAACUCUAAUGUAGAGUCCAGAGAGUGAUAUUUGUGUUUUUUAUGUUGACCUUUCAGUUGUGAGCAUUUGUGUUACUCUUAAUCAAACAAGUCACUUUCAGACAAUUUGACUGUUGUAUGAGCUGUAGUGGUACAGGCAUGUUGAUGCCUAGAAAGGCCUUAAAAGGAUUUGGCAAUCACCAGGAGCUGCUCUGCCCCUGGGUUUUCUAGUAAGCUGUGAUUGUAUAUGUAUAGUAAGUGGAAGCAUUGAAGCUUCACCUGCACUUUGCUGUGAGAAUGUGAGAGGUGGCUUGGUACUAUUUUCUUUGUGAUUCACACCAUUAAGUUGAUCUGAGCCGGGCUGCUUUCUGCCCUCUCUCUUGUAGUUCAGAGACGCUGCGCUGCACGAGACAAUGUGAGGAAGAAAAUCAGGGCGCAGCUCCGCGGUUGAGGUCAUCUGCAUGUGGAAGCAGUGCUAGCUGUGGGUAAAGCUGUCUGAAACACUAUUGUGCCGUUUGAAGUCAUCUGGGCCUGCUGAACCCCAUAAUAACCCCCUCUUUUUUUAAGCCAUGCCACUGGGGAACAAAGUAAGGUCGCUCCAGUGACAAUUUCCUCUGAGCUAUGCCAUCAGAACUUUGAA